UGAUAUUGAAGUUAGAACGAGCAGGCGAUAGAGAAUAACACACACACACCCACGGCGACAACAAGCACAGAAAGAAGGAGAUAACUAUUGACGUCGGACGUACAGAAACCUUUCCGAGAACCGGAACCGGAAGCGCAGCCAUGUCGCCCGCGAUCCUCCUCCGCCACGUCGCAGCGUUCGUCUGCGUGCUUUCCCUGCUCCGGCUCUCCUCCGUCGCCGACGACCCUGACAGCACUGAGCCGACACCGCCGCCGACGACGACGGACCUUCGCUGUCCUGCCGUCUGCCGCUGUGUGCGACGGUCGGCAAGCAUGUACUGCAGUUCGCGCGCUCUCGAGUCCCUGCCGGACUUCACCGACCUCGACGAGCGCGUGAAGAGCGUGUACGUGUCCGACAAUCGCCUCACGAACCUGACGGCGGCGUCGCUCGCCGGUCUGCGCAACGUCGAGCGACUCUACCUGCGUAAGAACACCAUCCACACGAUCUCACCUGGAGCCUUUAGCGAGCUGAGCGAGCUGCGAGAGCUACACGUCGCCGACAACCGCAUCAGCUGCGCGGCGGCAUCGUGCGACGGCGCAUUCGACGGACUCGACAAGCUCGCCAAGCUCGAGUUCGGCAACAACGACGUUUCCAUGGUGACGGCCGCCAUGUUGGCGCCGCUGCGCGCUGUCGUCACGCUCGUGUUGCGCGACAACCGGAUCGAGACAAUCGAACCGGAUGCGUUCCGACAGCUGCCGCAGCUCACUAAUCUGUUUCUGUCCGGAAACGAGCUGCAUCUCUCGAGCGGGAUCUUCACGGGGUUGGAGAACCUCCGCGAGCUGGAUCUGGAGAACAACAGCAUCUUCCAUCUGCACGAGAACGAGUUUUCUGGUCUCGACAACCUCACGAAGCUGACGCUGAGCUACAACCCGCUCAAGAUCCUCCACGACGAAAUUCUCCGACGCGUACCGAACCUCCGUACGCUCAACAUCGCCGGUCUGCAACUGACCGCCAUCGACGCCGAUCUCUUCGAGGGACUCGACAAGCUGGAGUCGCUCUUCAUCAACGAUAACCUUUUCAAAGAGCCCGAGAGCUUCAUGCGAGCUAUCAGCGGGAAGCUUCCCAGCUUGAUGACACUCGACGUCAGUCACAACCCGCUGCGGGAGUUACCCGCGGACUUCGUCACAGACCUUCCGGCUUUGAAGACGCUCUGGAUUAAUAGGAUGCCCAAGCUCGAACGCGUGAGGGCGCACGCGCUGCGAGGUCUGCCGUCGCUACAGACACUGCAGCUGCGCUACAACCGGCUGUUGACUGUUAUUGAGGAGAACGCGAUCAGCUUUGAUGACGACGCGCCUGUCGUGCUAGACACGGUCGUCAUGUCGAACAACGAUCUGAAGGAACUACCGGAAUCACUGCUUCCCUGGGACCGUAUGAAGACUUUGGAUCUCCAGGGCAACCCAUGGCAGUGUGAUUGCACCUCGCUAUGGAUGCCCGGCCUAAAGACUAAUAUUAACUGGCGAUUCCAGACUAAUUUCAUAUGCGCAUCGCCCGAGAACCUAAAAGGGCAGAAGAUCAUCGGCUUAAACAGCACAUUAUUACAAUGUGACGUCAGCGAUGGCGUCAACCUCUCCACUGGCGUCAUCGCCGCCAUGAUAGUUGUCGCUGCCGCUAUAUGUGCGUCAGCGUUUGCAGCGUGUUUCCUGCUGGGCGCUAAGAAGCCGUGUAUGAGUAAGCGCGAACAGGUCCGACGACAGUCGAAGUAUGUUUCGAUGCUGUCCAGCGGAAUGCAGGACGACGAGGGACUCGUGACGGUAGUUGGCAGGGAUGAAUUGAUCACGUAAUCGCGAAGUGAUUUAGAGCACGCGUGAACCGAUGCAAAUUCAACUUGUCAUUAAUUAAUUGUCAUUGAAUUGUCAUUGAAUGGGUUCGUGGUGAAUUGGAAACUGCAUGCGGCGCCCCCUUCGUACAACGUUUACCGGAUACGAUGAAUUGAGCAAUAGAAGAGCGCCAUCUGUCGUGGAGUUUGGGUGAAUUGUUUCGAUUUCGCUCACUCGUGAAUUGGGCGCGAAUUUAUUUAAUCACGAAUUGCUGUGAAUUAGUUUGACCGUGAACUGGUGUGAAUUCGUUUGUUAAUGAAUUGAUACGAACUCACGUUCAACUAAAAGUCAAUGUAGUCAUUGAAGACGCUCGUUUUUUCUACAAGAUGCGGUGCUGGCUUCUUUCCUAGAUACGAAAGAUCGAUACGAUAGAUACGAAAGCAUCACCGUACCAACAGUAAUUAAGGCUAUCGAUUGUGUAAAAAUAGUAAAAUUCGUUCACAAAGAGCAAUUUCCUUAUUCUUUAGUAUAUGUGCGAACAACGUUAGAGCGAUCUAUGAAUUAUUGUAUGUAAUAUUACUUGUGUGUGUAUGUUUCAUUUCUAGUGUUUUUCGUUUAUGUAGUCAACUGCAGCACGCUAUCAUGUUACAUUCGGGACGAGGGGUUUCUUGUGAUUACAGACAGACAUGCAUUUGCUUAGAGGCGUGUAAAUCAGCUUCUAGAAGUGUCUGAACAGGUUCGAUAAACUUUUCGGAAAGAAUUGAGGGUAAUCUUGAUCGUUAUCAAGCUACAUGUCGAGGCAAUGGUCAUAUUUGGAUUAAACAGCUGACAUAUUCCUCUCA